AAUGACAAGUGACAUUGACAAUAUUGUGACCAAACGGUGUUAAUGGUUUACAAAUUCCGUAAUUUAUCGAAAAAAUUUAAAAUCACAUUGAUUUUCGUCGUAUAACUGUUGUUACAACUUCGUUAAUAACCACUCUUGGGAAACAUGAAACUAUACAAGUAAAUAACGUCCUACACUCUGAUAAUUUGAUAUGUUGUGUGAAACUAUGAACUGAAGCAAUUUAUCUAUUUAAAAAUAACAUUUUCUGUACUAUAAAUCUGCCUUCAUGUUGAUCCUUUGUCAUAAUUAUUUUCGCGUAUAUUCCAAUAACAAAAACAAUAAAGAUGAUGUUCAACACUUUAAUAAAAGGAAAUAUGCCUUUGGUGUAUUCAUUUUGUUACUGGCUGUUGUCUUGUGGGUGGUUUCAUCUGAGAUGACAAAAUAUUUGUACAUAGAAAAAAAUCUGGAGAGACCUUUUCUUGUGACGUACGUGAGAAGUUCGCUGCUGUUUAUUUAUCUUAUAGUUUUAUGUUUUUCACCACCAACUCGGGAUCCUUGCCGGCCAGCUGAUUAUACUCAAUUAUUAGAACCAACUGCAGAAACAGAUGAUGAGAAUUAUUUCAACGAUUCAAGCAAUACCAGCCUGGGUGACUCCACAUUUGUGCCAGUCCGUGCAGGAGAGACCACAGAUAGUGACGAUGCGGCGCCCAGGGCUGUUCGAUUCAACAAAGUGGCAGAGGUGCGCGUAAUGUCGGCGGCAAUGGCCAGCGAGGCGCUGUUGGCGCGUUUGUCGUGGGCGGCGUCGGUGCGCGCGUCGGAGCAUGCGCAGCGCCGCGCCGCCGCCGCCGCUACAAGACGGCACCUCCGCCUCGCUGUACUCUUCUCCGUUCCUUGGUUCAUAUCAAACUAUCUGUACCGGCUGAGCUUACUAUACACGAGCACAAGCUCGGCGACGAUCUACACGUCGACGGCGGGCGCGUUCGCUCUGUCGCUCGGCGCGGUGUUCGCGCAGGUGCCCAACGACCGCUUCACCUUCUCCAAAUGUGUCGCCGUGCUGCUCACUGCUGCCGGCCUGGUGGUGCUAGGUGUGUCAGAAAGUCACCAAAGCAAUUGGACUGCGGUUUUGGCGGCGCUUGGUUCAGCUUUGUGCUACGCGAUACAUCUGCUGCUAUUCCGCAGGGAGCUGAGGAAGGGAGACGGCAUAAAUUCACCUUUACUCGUCGGCGUGGUGGGGUGCGUGUGCAUGGUGGUGUGGUGGGCGGGCGGCGCGGUGCUGGCGGCGGCGGGCGUGGAGCGCGCGGCGCUGCCCCCGCAGCGGCUGUGGCCGUGGCUGCUGCUCGACGCCGCGCUCGGACCGCUGCUCUUCGACUCGCUCUGGCUGUGGGGCCGGUCGCUGACGUCGUGGCGCACGGCGACGGGCAUGCUGUGGUGCGCGGCGCCGCUGGCGGCGGUGGCGGAGGCGUGGCGCGGCGCGGCGGGCGCGGGCGGCGCGGCGGGCGGCUGGCGCGGCGCGGGCGCGCUGCUGGCGGCGGCGCUGGCGGCGGCGGGCGGCGCGGCGGCGUGUCUGCGCCUGCCCGCGCUCACGCUCACCGAACGGCUGCGCGCCGCUGACGGAUUCUCAGCGUUAAGAAACAUACCCGACCUGGACGAGCAGUCAGAAGCGUUGAUGUCGUCGGACGAGCCGACGUAGCACAACUUGCAGCGCUUUUUCUGAGAGAGAAGCCGCUUCGAGUCUGACCUCCACUCGUCUUACACCCAAAUUGUACUGGCUGUUAGCGUAGUAUAAGUAGGUUUACACAAUAGGUGCCAGCUAGACUAUAAAUUAGGGUUGUCAGAACUUCCUAAACUCAAACAUGAACUAUCGAUGUCUAAUAUGUAAACCAACCAUCUUUCGACAUCAACCAUCCACCUACUAUCGUCACUAUAAAAAGAAAAACGAACAAGUGACUUAUAAGUGGAAAUAAAACGCUACAAUGCGUAACGUAUGGCAACCCUAUUUUAGAGGGAUUUUGAUAUCGAUAAUUACCUUUUCCCUCGUUCUAGCUGCAGCCCUGGUCACAAACUUAUUGAAAUUGUUACACGGUAGAUCUGUGUUAUUAAUAUGUAGAUUUACUUUGUUAAUCUCAUAUCAAACUAGUCCUAUGCGACUAUUGGUAUUACUAACGGAAAUGUGAAAUUGUAGGUCGAUAAUUUAUUGUAAAUAUCGAUACUUGGCUCUAGUGUUAUUAUUCUAAAAUCACUUGUAUCGACGUAUUCAAAUGACUAUACAUGUAUUUUUUAGUUAUGUUAAAUUAAAAAAAAAAUGUUAAUAGCAUUUUUGACUCGAUACUCAUUAUCGGACUUUAUAACACUUUGAUGAGAAAUUAAGAAUGUGGUAAGUUUUUUUUACUAUGAAAGUAUUAGAAUAUGUAUUUAAAAUUAUGUGACACAUGUUACAUUGCUAGUAGUGCUCUUUUAGAGGUAUUCGGGUUAAUAUAUUACUAUGACUAAAAUAUAAACAAUGUUCUUGAUUACCUGUAUUUUUGGGGUGCAAUAUUCUAUUAAUCAAGUGUAAAACGUUGGUAGACUUUCUUCAACAAAAUUCCUUUCCAAUAAAAAUUGCCCUUAUGUUAUUCGCCAAGCAACAAAAUCAAGACCACUAAGAAAAACUCAUAUUUUUUCACGUAUAGCAUAGAUGGAUAUUAUAACUUUUCUUAUUUUUUUAAACAUAGGUCAGAUACUCUGUUCAUAGUAGUUAUCACAAUAUAUCAGGUAUAAGGCAAUGUGCACAUGUGAGCGCAAGAAAUACACGAUUUGUAAAGAAAUUUAAUGAUAUAAGUUCAAUAGUGUAGAUUAAUCUAUCGUGUGAAGUUUCAUAACUCUACUAAUAUUAACUAUAAAAUUUUGAAUGCUGAUCUUAUUUCUUUCAACCCUCUAUAGGACACAUUAUUAAAUUAAAUAUAAAUGUUACAGAAAAUUUGGUAGGUUUUUCAAAAAUUCUACUAUUCGAUCACAAAAAUGCUUCUGGUAUAUUUAUGUUGUUCUUAAAAUGUAUAUGUAAUAUGUGGACCCUUAUUAGACGGUUGAUAGGUUUUCAUUAGGUGUUAAUUUAUUUAGUAUUUUCGAAAAUAAGUUUUUGUUCUGAUUUUUACGUCUUGAAGUAGAUUUUCAGAAAUUUCUGCUUGCAACACUGUUAUAACUAUUGCGCUAAUUGCGUUUGUUAUUGCAAGUGUUUUUAACCCCUAACCACAGACAGUUAUUUGUACAUUUUUUUUUUAAAUUUUGGAGCUAAGAUAUUUCACCAUAUUAAAAUAUUUAUACUAAUUUAAUUAACACCUGGUAUAUCGUAUAAUUUUCUCUCGCUUUAAAAUCUUGACAGGUUUAAGCUCAUAGUUACUAUUUUACAUAAAUGUGUAAAUUGUAGAAUUGUAAUUAAAACAAAUAUACCUAAACUACUACUUGUGCAUUUCACAAACGGGUUCUAAAUGGCAUUCUAUGCUUUCCUUUACACACUUACUUUAUUUUCAAUGUUAUUGUGCGUAAUGUUGAAAUAAUUUUCCGCCUGCUUUCGACUGUGCAUUUUUCUCGCCAUUCAUAGUCCCGUUAUGGAAUUGCACGUGUUAUGGUCGGCGUCUAUUUACGCUCGCAGCACCAGACAAUCCCUGUCUGUUCAGAAUAGAAUACGCAUUGAAAAUAAAUCUUAAUUUAUGUGCAAUAGAGAACAUUAAAAAAAUAAUUUGAGUUGU